AUGUCCUCCGCCCUUUGGUCAAGAAUCAAUUUGUACCCCACCCCGACUCCUAUUGCCCGCCUUAUGCUUGAAAGAAGCAAGGGUGCAACGCUGAACAUUCGCCUAAACAAGGAUUCGGACACGGAGGAGUACCUUGCGUUUGUCCAGGAGGUCCUUCAACAGCUGUCCCGUGUGGUGGAGCUAAGCCUGACUGCCUCAAGGAGGAGCUUCCCGGCCCUUGGCCAUCUUCCCCUCUGCUCCCCCGCUCUCAGGAGGCUGAGGGUAGCAGUGCUACUCGAGGACUCCAAUGACGAAGUCUCCCUUCCGCAGCAUCUCUUGGGUGAAGUACCAAAUUUGGGCAGUUUGAAUCUAGAGGGAUGCGCUCCAUCGUGGGACUCGCCGUCUAUCAAAGCCAUGUCUAGCCUUACCUCGCUUCGUCUGUCCAGGCUGGGUACGUUGGCGCCUUCGCCCGACGAACUCUGGGGCGUCUUGCGAGGAACGCCUAGUCUGGAGGAGCUAAACCUCAUUGAUUCUCUCACACGCUUCGGCCCUGCCCCACCGUCAUGGGAUGCCCCCAUAGUGGCGGUAGACUUGCCAAAACUCCUCCAUUUCCGACUGAGACGAAGCGAAUUCGCUCAAUAUGCCCAUUUCCUGUCAUCCAUUCGUGUUUCUGCCAACGCUAACAUUGACGUACACGUCCCGCUUCCUUCCGAAUCCACACCUGCGAGCUUGACCUUGCUUCCUCGGUCAUUGUUUCUCUUUUACUCCGCAGAGCGAACGGAAACGUACACCCUCGACCUCUACCUGGAAAAUCUUAUUAGCUACACCGUAUACAAAACGGGUUGCAAAAGAUUAGAUAAGGAAGAAUACUGCAUGAGCGAAGCCUAUCACACCCGCAUCGACGCUAUAUAUACAAACCCCAAGCGCCUUUCCGACAGUCCGAACCUCGAUCCUUUUAAUGGCUUCUGCUACGGCGCUCCCCUCACUUCCAUAGACAUAUUUCGACUCAAGUUGAAAGCCGUCUAUCCUAUCAGGGAGCUCCCAUGGAUCGAGUUGUUGGCCGCUCUGCCGAACGUACACCACUUCCAGGUUCGCCUUGACAAUAUCAAUCUAUCACGUCUACUCGACGCUCUCAGGGUCACACCAAAUGUAACGGAUCGAGAUGUACCCGCACCUCGCCUGAAGCUCCUUCACCUCACUGUAGUUGCGGACAGUGAGCAGGGUGAUGUCAGUGGUAUCGCUGAUAUCAUUGAGCACCGCGCACGCACGGGAGCGCGACUCAAAGGGUUAAAUGUACACAACGCCAGACUUCCCAAAGCGGAUCUGGUCAGGUUGAGGCAGAUAUUGAAGUGGGGCGUGCGAGUUACAGACUAG